ACUACUCAUCCGUUGCGUCCCCUUGGCACGGCACCCCACCGACCCGCACAACCACUCCCUCCAUGAACUCCCUCCGUAAGGCGACGGCGGUUGCCGCCGUGGUGACCGUCCUUGCCGCCACGGCGGUUUCCGCCGGCUCCUACAUCUCGAAGUCUCUCUCCGCCGGCUUCCUCUCGUUUCCUCCCUUCCUGUGGGUCGCCGCCAACUUGAUCGUCCUCUGGCUUCUCUCUUCCUCCCGCCGCAGCAGAACAGCCGCCGCCUCUUCCUCGGCCGGCCUGGCCGACGAUGUACUCAACUCCGUGGAUGACCUCUACCCGUCGUCGGAGUACGAGGGCUUCUCCGAUGUGGGUCGUCAUGCAGGUGCGAAGAGGCAAGGCAGAGAGGCAAGAACGUCCAGGCGAACGGACCGCGCCCCCCGCCUGCGCAAGAAGUCGGCCGGCGAGGAGGAGAAGCCAAGGACCGUCGCGGCGGAGGCCUCCAGACCCGACGGCGAGAAACGAGGCGUGGAGACGCAUGGACCCGUCGCCACAGUCGGGACCAAGCCCGUCGAUGGCGACGAUGACGACGUCUCCUUAGACUCGCUGUGGCAGUCCAUCGUGCAGCGACGCGCGGCGCGGCCGGUGGCCGUGCGGAAGAGCGACACGUGGGUCAGCGACGUGCUGCCGCGGCUGCAGCGCGCGGCCGAGACGGCCGUGGCGCGGCGGGAGAUGCGGAAGUCCGUCUCGGCGGCGGCCCCGCCGCCACCGCCACAGGCGGCACCGUCGGCGGCCAGGCAGCUGGGGUGGCGCACGAGGGACGUUCUCGUGAUGGCGCAGGACGAGCUGCUGCGCCGCGCGGAGAGCCUCAUCCGGCGGCACCACGCGCACCUCCGCCUGCAGCGGCAGGAGUCCGAGCUGCGCCAGGCCAUGGAGCUGCAGCGCGGCCGCCCCGCCGCCACCACGCUCAUCCGCGUCUAGCCAGCGUGGUGCCGCGCCGGCCGGCCGGCGUCUCACAGACGUAUUACAUGUUUCGCGCCACUGCAUGUAUGCGUGCAUACCAACCGAUCGAUCGAUGCACACGUCCACGCAAGGCCAUGUACGGAAGCUAUCUACGCGCCAGAGGCAGCAGCCGCAGCACCAGCAUCGAUCAAGAGAUCACAAAGGAGCGAGGCUGCUUUUGGAUCAGUCGAUCGAUGAUAAGAUGGAAGAAUUAAUAUAUAGUAUAUAUAUACCUACCUAGGUUGGAUCUGGCCAUGUUUGUGUGCAUCAGAGCACUCAUCAUGUACUAUAUAGAUGUCCUCCUUUAAUGUAUUAUGUGUAACUAAAAUUAUAUGUUUGCAUGCUAGUACCUUGAUCUCAAUGUUUGGGUUCUACUACAUGUAAGUUAGCCAUAAAAAAUGAUGUAUCUAAUGGUACCAGUGGCUGAUGCAGAGAAA